GCUCGUCCGUCGUUUAGUUAGGUCUAGUCAAAAUGGCGGCGCUCCUGUAGGCGGUACGGGCGGCUGUCCCGGCCACAUCUUCGUGACUUUAGCGAUUAUUAUUUAGUGUUUGCGGUUUCCCCGGUCGGCCAUGUUCACCGGCGUGGCUUUACGGACGCUUGUGAAAUGUUCAGCCGCGGCUCUGCGGGGGAGUGGCGGAGCGUUGUCCAAGCUAGCGGGGGGGGCGUGCUGCGGUCUGCCCUCCAGAAGCUGGACGUGCACCUCCGCUUUAAAUGCAGCGCUUGGGAACAACUGCGUUGCCGGAGGCGUUGCCUUUCAGCCGGCUGUGAGGCAUUACGCUCGGGGCACAAGCAGGAAGAAGCCAGUAAUCGAGAGCCAGCUGAGCGAUCUUCCCCCAACAAUGCUGAAGAUGGAUUACGCUGCUGUUCCCCUCGCUCAAACGACUGAUGACAUUGUCAGAAGACUUCUUUCCUUGGAAUUUGCAAACCAUCGGGACAGACUACAGCUAAAAAAGGAGCAGCUGAUUGCCAAGGUCCAGAGAGAUGAGACUGACCGCAGCUCAGUUGAGGUCAAGGUGGCCAUUUUAACGGCAAGAAUCAGAAACUAUCAGGAGCAUCUGCAAAAACAUCACAAGGACAAAGCUAAUAAAAGACGGAUGCUCAUGGCCAUUGACCGCAGGAAGAAGCUUUUGAAGAACCUGCGGUUGGUUAACUACGAUACCUUUGAGCGGCUCUGCCAGCAGCUAGACAUCACCUACACCUUCCCUCCAGAGUAUUACAGACGUCUGACCCGCCGCUGGGUUGCCAAAAAGGCUCUGUGUAUCAAGGUCUUCAAAGAGGUGCAGAAACAGAAAGCGGAGCUGAAGAUGAAGAUGAAGCAGGCCCAGGCUGGUACGACAGCGGGGACGGCCAAAACAGACACGAAAGCCCAGUAAAAGGCAGCACAUUCAACCCUUAUUGGAAGAAAUCUUUCUCCCGAGCAAAACCUUCUGUUUGUCUGUGUUAUCUGUGUCGUCUGGGGCGAUCCGUGUUGAAAAAGUGAUUUCUCGUUUUGACUUUCAAGGUGAUGUAAAGCCUCUGAAAUAAAGUGAUCUGAGACCCCGGUAUUGAAGUGAACUUGCAUGU